CCAGAAGGCCAUCCCCAGCAUAUGCGAGUAUUUCCUGAAACAUGGCGGCCGACUGUGCAACUUAACUCUUCACGUCUGUCGGUCUAGUCGAACUUAAUUUUAAUCUCUGAAGCAGUCAGCAUUUCUUUAUUUAUAUCUUGUGAUGAAGGUUUUGAACGGAAUAUUGCACUUUCACCAACAUGUCCGGAUCCGAUAGAAGGCAAGAAAAGGAAAUUUUACAGGAAUUUGAUUCACAAGUGAAAGAUAUUCGUCAGCGACUGACAGACCAACUGAAAUGUCUGGACAACCGUUACGACGCCCAACGGGAGCAGCUGGGGGACCUGCAGGAGUACAUGAAGCUACGGGCGGAGGUAGAGAUGGAAUACGCCAAGAACCUUGAGAGAUUACAUGAACGCCUGACCAGAAGGCAAAAAGCUGUCCAGAAAGACCGAGAGGGUGGCAUCCCAUCAACCACAGCAUGCUGGAACAUGCUGGUGGAUAUGACCAAAAGUCAGUACAAGCAACACUCUACACUCAGCCAGUGUCUAAACUACAAUCUCACCAACAACUUUGGGACCAUCCGGGAUGGCCUGGAUAAUGUCUACAAAAAGAGCCGAGAGAUGAUGGCGGAAGUGCACACGGAGCUCCUUAGAGUUAUGAACGAGCUAUAUGCGGAUAUCAAGUCGUACCACAAUGCGCACAGUGAUGAGAAAGUUAACGAGGCUAAAUUCAGACAGGCAGAGAACGAGAAACUCAAGAUGGAGGAGAAGGGAUCCCACAAACGGAGCAAGACUGUGGACAAACACUUUGAGAAGUGUUCACUCAAGCACCAUGAGAGUUCAGUCAGAGCAACCAAGGCCAGGAAUGAUUACAUCAUCGCCGUCGGAGCAGCCAACGCAAGCGUUGACAAGUUCUUCCAGACGGACUUGGAUAAGAUCGUAGACUGUCUUGAUCUGAGGUACAUCCAGCUUGUCCGUAAGGCUCUAAAGGCCUUCCAGACGUCCGAGGUUCAAGUCCAGACCAUACAGCAAGACGAGCUACGUCGGCUGGAGCUCUGCAUGCGUAAACUCAACUCCGAGGACGACAAGAAGCUCUUUCUUCAGGUCAACUUCCAACCGUUUGUCGGGCCGACGUCAUUCCAGUUUCAGCCGCACUCUGGGGACAAGACACGUUCACUAACAGCCCAGCACCAACUACAGAGUGAUUUAGAGCACCGCUAUGAGCUUCUGUACCGCACAAUUGCAGCUCUCAAGAUCGAAACGGAUGAGAUCCAGAAGACUCUGAAGGAAGUGGAGCGUAACUGGGUGGAGGACGAGAGCAACCCCAGCGAAGAUGAGAUCAUGACCCAGCUGAGAUCGGUCCGCAGGAUGGCGGAAUCCCUAUCCACCCCGGACCUCAACCGGGUCCCUUCCAUGAAGAGACAGAGGGUUCUAAAGCAGGAAACCGAGAUGUACUAUCUGGAUAAACAAAGAGAGUAUCUACAGAAGAGCAACAGAUUAGUUCGCAUGAAAGCCAGGCAUGACCUGAUACAGAAGGGCCUUGGACUGAGCAAUUCCAAUUCAGAGAAGCGGAGCUAUCCGGCCACCACUCUACAAAGGAAGCAGAAGCCGCCUCGGCCCAAGUCAGUACACAGUGCCCGUCUGUUUGGAGGCAACUUGCAAGAAUACCUGGAAAUUACCGGGCGUGACAUUCCAACUGUUGUACAAAGCUGUGUUGAGUGUGUUUCCCUGUAUGGUUUACAUCACAUGGGUAUCUUUAGGAUGCCCGGAGCCCAUCAAGAAAUCGCUGAAAUGAGGGAGGCUUUUGAAAAAGGAGAGGACCCAUUUGAGAGUCUGGAUGAGAAGGCUGAUAUCAACCUGGUAGCCAGCGUUCUCAAGUUGUACUUCAGAGAGCUUCCCGAACCGCUCUUCCCGACCACGUUUUUCCCCCAGUUCAUGGAGUGCGCCAAAAAUUACCGGGACGCAGACAGAAUACCCGAGUUGAACAGACUAGUGAACGAGCUACCCAUCAGCGUCAUGAUUGUAAUGCGCUACCUCUUCGCAUUCCUCAAAAGACUGGCCCAGUACAGCGACGAGAACAUGAUGGAUUCCCACAACCUGGCUGUCUGCUUUGGCCCGACCCUGAUCCAGCAGCCGGAGUCCGACGAAGACAUUCUGAUGUGGCAGUCGCACAUCAACGACCUGGUCCAGACUAUGAUUGUCUUUCAGGAAGAUAUCUUCCCUCAGGAGCCGGGGACCCUAUAUGAGGACCCAUCUAUCGUCGAUCUAAGCCCCAGUCCGAGUGGUAGCCUAGAGACUAUACCUGAAGGAACUACAGAUGAUGAUUCCAACAGUGGUUUCCUAGCGACAGCCAAGGCAGACUACAUCGGUAAGUCAGGCAGUGAGUUGACCUUCAGCAAAGGGGACCAAAUCCGCCUCCUGAACAAAAUGGACGAGUACUGGUGGAUGGGUGUGGUGGGGGACCACAAGGGUUACGUGCCCAUCCAGUACGUGGACGCACCGGAAAAUGAGAACGGCGUAGUCAGCCAUCCCGUCAAACGACAGGUCAGCCGGACAGACAGCGCCGAUAUGCUAGUCCGCGACAUCGACACUAGGAUGGCGAGCGUGGCCCAAGCCCUGACCAGCAUUAGUACUGUUGAUACCACCCCGGCCUCGACCCCGGAUGUAAUCAAGGAUAUCUGGACGUCUGUCACACCCUCCUCCCCUGGGUUGAGCACACCCAAGUCCAAAAACCCCCCACCGGCUGUCAAGCCCAGGCCAUCCGCCAGACCCACUCGACCCAUGCCUUCCUCCUCACGCAAGCCACAGUCCCCUAUGAGCUCCUCGCAAACUUUAUGAGGACACAAUUCACAAAUUCCUUUUUUUAGUUUGUAUGCCUCCAAUCAAUAGUUUGUCAUUAUUGUGGCCAAAAACUUGGGCACACCAUAUCUUUCUUUUUUUUAGGUUUGUAUAUUUUGCAGCAACACCACAAUUUAUUGCAAUAACUGCAAAAUGUGGGAAACAGUAAAAAAAUAAAAAAAUUAAAAGAGUUGAAACUGCUUUUGUUUUAAAGCAAUCGUUGUUACUAUUUUUGUUCAUAUUGGAUUGCAAAGUAAAUACAUGGCAACGCAGAAGUCAGGCUCAACAAGUAAUAACAAACAGCGUAGAAAUAGAACAGCAUUUUCUGUGGAUGAACAUGAAACUUUUUCCUCCAGCCCAACAGUGAAAAUGGUGACAGACUCGCUAACAGGCUGUGACCUAAUAUACAAGAAAUAAUAUUACUUUAUACAUUGGCUUGGUUAAACAGUGGAAUAUUCUUCUUGAGCGGUGCAAUGCUCAU